AUGAAAGGUUUUAGAGAUAAACACAUUCAGUGAUAUGGAUUGACCGGAUUCGCUGUUAUCAUAAAUUUUUAGUGUUUCGUAAAAAUGAGUUUGUUCUGUAAAUUUAACAUUAAUUUGUCAACGAGGGCAACGAUUAAAUUGUAUCGGCAUCUGAGCACAAGCCAAUCACGCUGGAGCGAAAACAAUGACACCGAUUCAGAGCUACAGUUAAAAUACCUGACCGACGAUGAGCAAGGAAUCGCAGUUAUUGGUAUGAAUAGACCGAAAGCAAUGAAUGCAUUUAGUCGGUCCCUAGUUGAUAAAUUGUCAACGACCGUUGAACAUUUACAUCAUGACAAAGAUGUUCGGGUUGUGAUUCUUCGAAGUUUAGUGCCUGGUGCAUUUUGCACGGGUGCGGAUUUAAAAGAGCGCGCCAAAUUGACUCAACCCGAAGUGACACGUUUCGUGAACCGGCUCCGAUUCCUUUUGACCAGCAUAGAGCAAUUGCCGAUGCCCGUUUUGGCUGCUGUUGAUGGUACUUGUCUGGGUGGUGGUUUAGAAAUGGCCUUAGCCUGUGACAUACGAACCGCAGCCGAUACGGCUUUGAUGGGUCUGGUGGAAACAAGAUUGGCUAUAAUUCCCGGAGCUGGUGGCACACAAAGGCUUCCGCGAAUUUUGAACCCUGCCCUGGCAAAGGAACUGAUUUUCACCGCUCGUACGUUUAAAGGAACUGCCGCUUUCGAAAUGGGAAUUUGCAAUCAUUCCGUCCCGCAAAAUGACACCAAGGACGCCGCUUACUUGAAAGCAUUACAAUUGGCGAAAGAAAUUCUACCGAACGGUCCGAUUGGUGUACGAAUGGCGAAAAAAGCGAUUGACAAGGGAAUGCAAGUCGACUUAAAUGCUGGAUAUGCCAUCGAAGAAGCGUGCUACGCUCAGGUGAUUCCGACCAAAGACCGUUUGGAGGGACUAAAAGCAUUUGCGGAGAAGCGAAAACCAGAAUACAAGGGAGAAUGAACUUGUUGUGGCAAGGAAACUAUACAGCCCCCUCAGAAAAAAGAAAUGUUCUGCCACGAUGGUGAUUCCAUAUUUGUGACGCAUAUGUUGUGAUUAAAGUGCAUUUAUUAUACUUUGUUAAACAAAAACAUUUUAUUAAAUAAAAAAUAAAA